GGCACAGGGCCCCGCCGCUGCCUCCUCCUUACCCUCCCGCCCCCCCCGCCGCUCCCCGCCAUGGUGGCCACCGAGGGGCUGCGGGAGAUGGAGGGCAGCGCGCUGCGGCGCCUGGUGUGCCGCGACGAAGCCGGCGGUGGCGGCCGGUGCCUGGUCCUGGACUGCCGCCCGUUCCUGGCGCACAGCGCCGGGCACAUCCGCGGCGCGCUUAACGUCCGCUGCAACACGAUCGUCCGGCGGCGGGCGAAGGGCUCGGUCAGCCUGGAGCAGAUCCUGCCGGCCGAGGGCGACGUGCGCUCGCGGCUGCGCGCGGGGCUCUACGCCGCCGUCGUCGUCUACGACGAGCGCAGCCCGCGCGCCGAGGCCCUGCGCGACGACAGCACCGUGGCGCUGGUGGUGCGCGCGCUCCGCCGCGACACGGCGCGCGCCGACAUCCGCCUCCUGGCAGGUACCCCCGGGGCACGGGAACGGCGGCGGGGGCGGGGCUGCCGGUGCGACCCCCCACGCGCCCCGCGGGGCCGGCCUUGGAUAACACUUUCUGCCUCUCUUGCAGGGGGUUAUGAGCGUUUCUCCUCGGAGUACCCCGAAUUCUGCACAAAAACCAAGUCCCUGAGCAACAUGUCACCCCCCACCAGUGCCGAGCCCCUGGAUUUGGGCUGCAGUUCCUGUGGGACCCCGCUUCAUGACCAGGGUGGCCCAGUGGAAAUCCUCCCCUUCCUCUACCUUGGCAGUGCCUACCACGCUGCCCGGCGGGACAUGCUGGAUGCGCUGGGCAUCACAGCCCUGCUGAACGUCUCCUCAGACUGCCCCAACCACUUUGAGGAGCACUACCAGUACAAGUGUAUCCCUGUGGAGGAUAACCACAAAGCCGAUAUCAGCUCCUGGUUCAUGGAGGCAAUCGAGUACAUUGACUCGGUGAAGGAGUGUUGCGGCCGGGUCCUGGUCCACUGCCAGGCUGGUAUCUCCCGCUCGGCCACCAUCUGCUUGGCUUACCUGAUGAUGAAGAAGCGUGUCAAGCUAGAGGAGGCCUUUGAGUUCGUCAAGCAGCGUCGGAGCAUCAUCUCCCCCAACUUCAGCUUCAUGGGGCAGCUGCUGCAGUUCGAGUCGCAGGUGUUGACCACCUCAUGCGCAGUGGAAGCCGUCAGCCCCUCAGGGACACUGCGGGAGCGGGGCAAGGCCACCUCCACCCCCACCUCCCAGUUUGUCUUCAGCUUCCCCGUCUCUGUCGGUGUCCAUGCCACCCCCAGCAGCCUCCCAUACCUGCACAGCCCCAUCACCACGUCGCCCAGCUGUUAGCUCGGGAGCUGAGGCCAGCCAGGCAGAGCAUGCCAGGUGGGGAGGGGGCGGGUGGGCACAGAGCCCCCGAUGUUAAGCAAUAGUGCCGGACACUGCCGUUCACCCCGGACUCAAAUGUCUUUCGUAGGGAAAUUUCUUACCUCAUCUUGGGUUUUUUCUUUUUAUGUUCCGAAAGCACGAAAGUUGCAAAAGCCAGAACCCCUGACAUUGUCCAGGCUCUUUAGGGGAGGGAGAAAUUAUUAUACUGGGUUUCCUCAAGUGCCUGGUCUUCAUCUCUCUUCACCCGUUUUAUUGUCUUGGUUUUUUAGAAAACGGAUACACUUGCCCUUCUGCCCUGUAGUUCUGACCCUGGCUCAUCUGGGUUGGAAAGGGAGCGUGCCCUCUUUUUAUUGUGCAGCAACUGUCCCCCUUGCACAGAUCACGAUGGGUGUGUGUGGUGGGUGCUGCUGACCUGAGCCAGUCAAGCUGGGUGCGGAGCAGAGCUGUGGGCAGGGCCUUGGGGCGAGGUGGGGGGGGGGGUGGCACAGGGCUGCCUGCAGCUGCCCUCACCCCUGCCAGCAAAUGGGCAGGCCAGGCCCCAGCUUUUUGGUCCAAGCCUAGAACAUGCCCCAUCUUCAGCCUGCCCGUAAACUUAUUUCCUACCUUGCCCCUCUUCUUCCCUCACCUCUCCCCCACCCCACCCCAUCCAAUCCAACACACAAGAUGCUUGUGUGGCUG